AUCAACAGCUUCAUGAAAAAUAUAUCCCAUCAUCGCCAGCGGUAACAACGAAGCUUCACAAGGGCCGACAAAUGCUAGAGAAGUCUUCCUCGUCCAUAUCCACCAUCAUGGCCUCUCCACGAACGACAAGGCUGUUGUUCUCAACGCAGAAGUAUACCUGUGCUCGGUGCACAACUCGCGCAACAGCAUCCGGCCUGCGAUGGUCGUCCACUGCUUCCACGGAACCACCAUCACUACUGACCAAGCUCAAGGCUGACCUAAAGGCAGCCAUGCGUGCCAAAGACACUGCAAGACUAUCUGUUCUCCGAGGCACCAUCUCUGAAAUUAACCAAGCCGCCUCGUCUUCCACCCCUAUUACCAAUGACCUCCAAAUCCUGUCAUUAUUGAAAAAACGCCGUUCAGCCACCCAGACUGCUAUCGACGAGGCAAAGGCCGCCAAUCGUGAAGAUUUGGCGGCCAAGAAUGAGACGGAAAUCACCAUCAUCGACGAAUAUACGGCGAGUGUUAAGAUGAUGGACGCUGCUGAGAUGAGACAGAUUGUGAGAACGGAGGUUAUUGCUCUAAAGGCGGCAGAGGGCGACUCGGUGAAACCUGGAGUGGUCAUGAAGCAUCUGCUGAAGGAAGAUGGAGGACCGUUGAGUGGAAAGACUCUGGAUAGGAAGAUCCUGUCCGAGUUGGUGAGGGAGGAGUUGGCAUCGAAUCAUGCUGCUUCAUGAUGAAGGAUAUUUGUUCUCAAUAAUUUGGGUGAUUAUGCUAUAAAUGCUAUGAUCUCAAUGUUCUCCAAAACGGCAGUACUGCACAUGCUCUGUCGAUAAAUGGCCAAACUCGCUACUCAAAUCAUGAAUACCCUCCAAAGCGCCACAUUGCUCAUGGG